CAGAUCUUCACCAGGUCCUUUUGUGUUGACGAAUUUACGCAGUAGCUGUUUCGAGCCGCGUGGCCUUUUGAACUCCAUGUAGGGAGAGAAUGUCUACAUUCUAUCUGACCGUUUGGUGUUGGCAGAAGCACCAAGGGCGAGGAACGAACCGGCAUGCACGAGAGCCUCUAUCUCGAAGCAUGUUCAAGCUACAUUCUCUGGUCUUGAUAUGCUUUGUCUUUGGUCUUUGCUUCAACGCUGUCUCUGCUAGCUCUGAGCAAGCAUCACUACGCAAAGGCUCGUUGAUACUCACCUUCGAUGACAUCGACACACCAGACGGUUUUGGAAAUAUCUCCGCGCCAUAUAAUGGCCUCCUCUUUGAUGGCUUCUAUGCGAUCGACCCAUCUGAUGCAAGCCUGAAGGGUAUCAUCUACGAAAAAGACGUAAAUUGCGCCGUGUCCAAGCCGAACGCCCUAUAUGGCACGAGAGAUAACUUCAGAUUGAACACGGGAGUUGAAAAGAGACCAUCCAUUCGAGACAAGAACGACGACAGCACAUUCAUACUGCAUGCAUUGAAAAUAAAGCCACUUGAUAUGCCGCUCGGCCUCGUCACGAUCAGCCUCCAAGGCUUCCGCUCAGGUACUACUCUGAACUGGGAUGUGGAUUUCCCGGCCGGCUUCCACGAUGUACUCGACGUUCGACUGGAAGAGUUCAGUGGACAAGUUUGGGAUGGACUGGAAAGGCUAGAGAUAUGGGCCGAUUUUCAUUACAACGACCUGUCCAUGGACUGGGAGUUUUGCGUCGACAAUAUAGAAGUGGAACUGGCCGGCCAUUGAACUUGCUUUUGCCAUCCUGAACUCC